CCGAGCGCUACGAGAACUUGAACGAACUGUGAAUGAACUAAGUUGUAAACGAAGUUUGUGAAUGAGUUUGUGGAGUUCAUUUUGAAUUUUCGAUCAAUCAUUCGCCAACUCGAAGAAAUAAAAUACGAAUCCAAUAAAGAAAUAUACGAACAUAAUAGGGAAAUUAUUAAUAUUUAUUCAAUAAAUUUGAAAGGCGUAUUCAGUUACACAAAAUGCCGUUUAAAAUAUUUCACCUAAAGAAAAUAAUAUCGGAUCAAAUGAAGACUUACUACUGGGGGUCGCUCGGCGCGGGGAAACGGAACGUCCUCCCCAACAUAAAUAAUGGCACGUGAAACUGAAUCAUAGAAUCACCAUGGGGCAGACCUACACAUACGCUUACGCCAAUAUAUCCGACGUCAAUUUCUCCGAGUCGUACGAGAUCGAUAUCGCCAACGACUGCGCCGUGGCAGACGACCCCGUAUACCCCAGCAGCUUCGGCAUCACGCUGGCUGUGCCGGAAUGGGAGGCCAUCUGCACCGCCAUAGUGCUGACCCUCAUCAUCGUAUCCACCAUCGUCGGGAACAUCCUCGUCAUACUCAGCGUCUUCACCUACAAACCGCUCCGGAUAGUCCAGAACUUCUUCAUCGUAUCGCUCGCAGUAGCCGACUUAACGGUCGCCAUCCUAGUGCUACCUCUCAAUGUCGCCUAUUCCAUCCUUGGGCAGUGGGUGUUCGGCAUCUACAUGUGCAAGAUGUGGCUGACCUGCGACAUCAUGUGCUGCACCUCCUCCAUCCUCAACCUGUGCGCGAUCGCGCUCGACCGCUACUGGGCGAUCACGGACCCCAUUAACUACGCGCAGAAGCGGACGCUGCAGAGGGUGCUCCUGAUGAUCGGCAUCGUGUGGAUUCUAUCGCUUAUCAUCAGCUCCCCGCCGCUGCUGGGCUGGAACGACUGGCCGGACGUCUUCGAGCCGGACACGCCCUGUCGCCUCACCUCGCAGCCCGGCUUCGUCAUCUUCUCCUCGUCCGGCUCCUUCUACAUACCCCUAGUUAUAAUGACGGUUGUGUAUUUCGAAAUUUAUUUAGCCACUAAGAAAAGGUUGAGGGACCGCGCUAAAGCGACGAAGAUCAGCACGAUAUCGUGCGGCCACAACAAGGGGAAGGACGACCACGACCAGGACUCCGUGAGCUCCGAGGCGAACCACAACGAGCACCAGGGCGAAAAAAAGCAGAGGAAAUCGAAGAAGGUGACGCCCAAGAAAAAGCAGAUCAAGCGGUACUGGAGCAAGGACGACAAGUCGCAGAACAAGCUCAUAAUACCGAUCCUGUCCAACGACAACUCGGUGACGGAGACGGCCGACAAUCACGAGAACAGGAACACGUCGUCGGAGAGCAACUCCAAGGAGACGCACGACGGGGAGAUCGAGGUGCUGGACUCGUCAUCGGUGACGAAACCCAAGGCGCCGAGGACGCACCAGCAAAACACAGUCUACCAGUUCAUCGAGGAGAAGCAGCGGAUCUCGCUGACCCGGGAGCGGCGCGCCGCGCGGACUCUGGGCAUCAUAAUGGGAGUAUUCGUCGUGUGUUGGCUCCCAUUUUUCGUGCUCUACCUCGUGAUACCGUUCUGCUCGAGCUGCUGUCUGUCGAACAAGUUCAUCAAUUUCGUGACGUGGCUCGGCUACGUAAAUUCGGCGCUCAAUCCGCUGAUCUAUACGAUUUUCAACAUGGACUUUAGGCGAGCUUUUAAGAAGUUACUUUGUAUUAAACGGUAAAACGCCAACUUUGCUCAAACCGACAUUUAUUCUUAUCCAUCCAGAAUGAAAUUAAUUAGGUAGUUCUAAAGAACGAUUUAAUAUUUAACGUGGUUUAAGCUUUCAAGUGAGGAUUGUUAGUUUUUUCAUGUAAGUACAGGUUUCGUGCGUAGCACACGUAGCAGUAGAGGUUUGUAUCUAUUUCCAUAUUGUAAAAUGUAAGUACGGUGUUAUCUGAUGUAAAUAGCAAUAAAUUAAAUUGUAUAGACAUAUCUUAAUUAUUGUAAAUAUUUAUCGACUCAAUGUACUAAAGUAUUGGCUUCUUCGAUUGUGAUAAUUUGUUCUAAACAUUUGACUUUGUAUAUCCCUUUAAAAUAAUCUGAGCCC